AGUCAAAAGGGGGAUCCAGUUAUCGGUAUGUUUUACAACCACAUUGAAGAUCCACAGAAUUGUCCCGUCACUAUGGAAGACUGUGCAGGCAAAGAAGAGUUACGAAUUUUGAUGAAGGGUAAGUCCCAAUUCUCGUUACAGGAUGGAUUGUUGGUAAGAACCUCAAAGAAUGGUAUCUCACAAUGGGUAGUACCCACAGCAUACCGAGGUUUGAUGUUACAACACGCCCAUGACGCCCCAACGGCUGGUCAUCGAGGUGAGAAGUUAACGUAUGAAUUAUUACGGGAUUAUGCUUAUUGGCCUCAUAUGUUGCAAGACGUUCGCACAUAUUGUCAAGGAUGUUUAAUAUGCCCUCAAUUCCAGCCGCAAGCACCCACUCAUCGGGCACCGCUGAUGAAAAGAGGGAUGUCCAUGCCAUGGUCAGAUAUCCAGAUUGACUUUAUUGGACCAGUAACAACUUCAUCAAAAGGCAACAGAUAUAUGUUAACCGUGACUUGUCUAUUCACAAAAUGGGUAGAAUGUUUGCCUUGCAAGACUUGCAGUUCAAGUGUGUGUGCGUCUCUACUCAUUAACCACGUGUUUUCCAGGUUCGGUCUUCCCCAACGCAUCGAGUCCGAUCGCGGAAGUCAUUUCACUAGUGAGGUGAUGACAAAAACGUGGGAGAUACUAGGAGUAAAAAGGAAGCUACAUAUAGCUUACCGGCCAGCCUCUAGUGGUGGAGUGGAACGCUACAACCAAACAAUUGUCAACAUUCUAAAGAAAUUUGUUAAUGAAUCCGGUAAGGACUGGGAUGUAAAGUUGCCUCUGGUUCUCAUGGCCAUAAGAGCCACUCCAAGCACAGCAACCAAACUUUCUCCCUUCGAAAUGAUCACAGGAAGGAAGAUGGUGUUACCCCAGCAUUUACUCUACCGGACAACAGACCAAAAUUUGAUAAAUGCUUCAACAGCCCAUCAGUACAUAGAGAAUCUACGUAAGCACCUUCAGCAUGCUUUUGCAUUUGCCCAGAAGAAUCUGGAGAAAGCAGCCGUGAGCGCCAAAACCUACUAUGAUCUGAAGACUACUCAAAAGGAGUACCAAAUUUCCGAUCAGGUUUAUCUCUAUAACUUCGCCCGGGAUCAGGUGAAGGAAAGGAAGUUCCUGCCUUCCUGGAAGGGACCCUAUGUCGUCACUGACAAAUUGUCACCUGUGGUCUACAAGAUCAAAAUUCCAAAGGGGGAUGAAUUUAUAGAGAAAUGGGUGCACAUUAAUCAAUUACGUGUUUGUCAUCCUAGGUCACAACUUCGCCAAAUGGAAGGAUUGCCGGAUGAUGAAGAGUAAAGAGAUAACAAGGUUCCAGCUAAAGACGGAAACCCAGGAUUGGUAUAGUGCAAAAUGGCACGGAGGGUUGUUGCCGUUAUCUACAUCGUCCUGAUCUUGGGGAAGGAGUUCCAGGCCGAGCCGAUUGCUGUACCAGGCCCUUCAUCUGGGAUCAUGCUACAGGAUACCACAGGAUUCAUCUUGACGAAUAAGAGGAUUCUAUCCCAAAAGAUCUACGUCAGUUUGGACCCACGUGUCUUCGUCGAGAGACAGUUCAACAUUUCUGAGAUUUCAUCUCCGGAGAUAAAGAUUUGGUAUCAAAUGCACAUCGGCUAUUCCCAAGAAAGAGUUACACAGAUC